GAGAAAACACAGAAGUGAACAAAGCUGCCUAGCAGCUGCCUGUACAGAUGGAAAUGUAGGUGGCUGCGGUGAAGGAACUAAUAAAGCGAUUUUACAGCAAUACGACAUGCAAAUGAAUUGAAGAGAAUGGGAACAUAUCUGGUCACAACAAGUUGUUGGGCAAGGACUAACCUUCUGCUCUUUCUUUUAUUGUCAUUUGGACUAGCAGCAACUACAGAUCUUAUCAGGAAUUUGGAAUGCUUUACCGACUAUGAUACUGAAAUGGUUUUGUUCUUGGGAAGCACUAAAUUUGACUACUGCAAGAGGAAUUUGUGUGAUGAAAUACUCAUGUGAUUCAAAAGAAAUUGAAGACUGCAUUCCAAAAAAUGUGAACUCUGGUUCAGUUUUUACAAAGUGCAACUGCACCGUUGGCAUAACUGCUUCUGCCUUUUCUGCCUGCAACAUAGAAAUCCAUUCGAGUGGGAGGUUAUUAGAGAACAAGGAAGUCCUUCCCUACAAAAAUGUGAAACCAAAGACUCCGACAAAUGUCACAAUUGACUCCAGUGAAAAAGAAUAUUUAUUAGUGAACUGGAAUAAUGGAUACCUCUCAAGCAGCAAUCUGAAAGAUAAACUAAUUUAUGAAAUUAAAAUUACAAGCAAGCAAGAUCCUAAAGAGUUAAGAAACAGAGUCCUGAACCAAGUGGAGUCUCACUAUAAAAUAUAUAAGAGAGAGCUGAAAAAGGGCUCUGACUAUAUGAUAAACAUAAGAUCGGAGCCUAGCAGAAAUUACAAUGGGACCUGGAGUGACUGGAGCCCUACAGUUGAAUGGCAUAACGAUUACAGUCCUGCAGACAAUGUUUCCAUGAAGGUUUUUCUUCCAAUUUCCUGCAUAGCAAUUUUGGUGUUUAUAUUAUUAAUCUAUGGCUGCAUUUCCUUUUUUAAGAAAAAAUGGUGGAAUAACAUCCCAGAUCCUGCAAAGAGUAAAUUGGCUCUACAAAAGUUGCAGAUAUCAAAGGGAUCAGCAUCGAAACCAGGAAUGAACUCAAAUGUUAUAUUAUUAACAAGCAAAAACAAAAAAGCAAAAAGAACCUGCUCUUAUUGGCUUCUCAGUUGGCUUUUUAAAAGCCAAGCCCAUACAGAUACAUCUAACCAGCUUUUAAAAAAACACAAUUAUGAUGGCUAUCGUAACCUUUGUGAAAACAACGACCAUCAAAUCCUUACACCUGAGAUGACACAUAUUGAACGUCAUAUUGAAAUGCAACCUCUGAAAGCUAAUGAGAAGAAUUUAAGCCUUGACACAAAUGAAGAUGACAAACAAGAAGAUGAUCUUAAUUCAUUGGACUUGACCAUCAACAAAAUGUUUGCUGAUAUUUUAGAAAAUAGUGCAUGUAAAACCGAAUCAAACUUGAUGAUGAUGAUGAAAAAGUUGGAAUAUUACAAAAAUGAAAAUGUAAAUCUGGAUGGUUUCUCUUUCUUUCCAGAUAAUCUUCAUGAAGAUUUCUGUGGGUCAGAGUCUAAAAAUGAUAAAUCAUGGCAAACACAUGAAAUAAAUGAUGGCUACAAGCUUUUUUCCCCUGAUGAAUGGUCUAAAAGCCAACAAUCCUACACUCAGAAAGCUGAAGUUAUCCAUAGCUUUUCAGAAGAUCUAUCUAUGACGAACACAUUUGUUGAUUCAGACUAUAGUAGAUUUGAUAGUGCUAUAGCAAGUUCUGAAAAUAAGAUUACUUGUAUUAAUAAUAUGACAGACAGUGACUCUGCUAUGUCGGUGUGCUCUGAGGAAUACCCCAGUAAAGGGAAUACUAGCUCUCUACCUUGGUACCCAAAGAAUAACUCUUUCUACAAAACAAAUUCAUGUCUAUCUUUAAAAGAGAACAUUGGUUUUCAAGUUAUUUGUAACAACAACGAAAAUGACAUUAAAAUACAAUAUAAAGAACUGGGAAGCUAUCCCACUUUUACACAUAACACAUUCCAAUAUCAAAGUUUUUCCAAAGUGAUUCAACAGGGGAAGGAAUGUGUUGAUGACCCAGUUAAAAUCACUGACUACAAUAUGCAGGAACCAGGUUAUAAGUCUUUUGAAAGUCUUAUAACCCAAAAUAGAGAAAGUUCCGAGGUAGAAAACUGUAAUCAACCAAUAGAGUUGCAUUGGAAUGAAUCUUGUGACAGUUGCAUGGAGAAUCUUAGGGCAGAAUUUAAUAGUUCAGAUAAUAAAAUAAACCGUGAGAAUGAUACUCAACAUGAACUUUACUCCGGUUUUCUAAAAACGGAAAGUUGUUUAGAUAAUGGCUGUAAAAGUUUAACAAUGGAAAAAAGUCAUCCAUCUAAAGACUCGUCCAACCCAAACAAUAAUGACAUCAGAGAAUCCAAUAUUAAAAAAAGUUCAGCAAUAAAAUUACAAGAUCAAGACAUCACAGAUAAUUCUUUUGCACUAACAUUUGAUAUUGCUGAACAUAUGAGGAAUUUAGAAGAUACCAAAGGUAUAAAUCAUUUUGAUAAAAUAAGUUCCAAAAACUCGAAAAUGGAUGCUAUAGUUGAGGGAUCAUUUUCUGGCUGUCCUGUUGGCAAUAAACCUAGUUUAUCAAAAGCUUUGCUAGCUUCAAUUCAAAGUGAACUCUAUUUUGAUGAUUAUCCCAAUGCAUUGAAAUUUGAGAACAUGUCAUAUUUUCCUCUGUAUCAGCCAGAGACUAUUGUCUUGCUACGUGACAUAGAAACCAAUUCAAGCGAAGCAAAGAACCAUUCAAUUAUGGAACAUAAAAGUCCUGACGAAGAUGACAAUUUAUAUAUGACGGUUACUUUGUUACAAUCACCUCUUGUAUAGAUAUUACCUGCAAAACAUGAAUAUUUAAGUAAUAUAGUUAGACAUUAAUACGGUGACUUGAAUAUGGUAACUGCAAUUUAUGUACCUGAUAUUUAUUAAUCUAAGACCAGGCACUUGAUCGCAUGGAGGCUUGGACAAGCAGUUAUUAAAGGGAUAUUGUAAAAUUUCUUGGAUGCAUAUGAAGCAGCAGACUAUGUAUAUGUGUGUGGGUAUAUAUAUAUAUAAUUAUUUGAUUUGUGUCUGACGAAGGGGGUGAAAUCCCGAAACGUUACAUAUUAAAGAUGACGAUCUACAAA